CAAACAUUAAAAAUGGUGUAUCAAGGUCAUUCCUUCACCCUAUUUUUUCUCUUCGCAACCCUAAUUUCACUUGGUGAAUCCAAUACCACCCGUAAGCUCCUGCAAACUUCUAAUAACUAUGAACCUCUACAUUCUCCUCUUCCAUCUCCGGUCUAUUCUCCCCCGGCUGAUCUUCCACCUCCUCCAAGUUCGGUUUAUUCUCCCCCGGCUGAUCUUCCACCUCCUCCAAGUUUGGUUUAUUCUCCUCCUCCAACUGAUCUGCCUCCUCCUCCUAGUCCAGUUUAUUCUCCACCGGCUGAUCUUUGUCCUACUCCGGUCUAUCCCCCUCCGAUUGAUCUUCCUCUCCCUCCUACUCCGAUAUAUCCUCCUCCUCAAGCUUACAAAGCCUUCUAUUAUAGGAAAUCUCCACCACCACCACCUUCCCGCCCAUGGUGGUGGUUGUUGUAAAGCGUUAAGACAU